AUGUCAUUUAAAUUUAUUGAUUAUCCAGCGCAAAUCAAAACCGCUGUCAAAAAGUAUGAAGAACAAGAUAAAGAAACUGAACGAAAUAUAUCGGACCAAGUAAAAACUAGUGUUGCGAUAAAUGGCUAUGACGAUGAAACGUUUAAAGACGAUAUGAAAGGCGACAUGAAUGACGAUUCUUGUAUUACCCACGAUAAAGAAGCUAGCGACAUAACCACCAAUAGUGAUACAAAAUUACAACGUAAAAAAGCUUGUGGUUGUCUGACGAGAAUUAUAUUGAUAUGGGCCACCGUUAUUUUAUUAAUACUCGGGUUAAUUUAUGGGGUCGUAAUCAUAGUCUGUUAUCAAAAUUGUGAUCAUUUAUCGAAGCACAUUGAAUUAAUAGAACCAGAAAUAAUAUCAUAUGAUCCGAAUCUUUAUAACAAUUUUAAUAUUGAAGAUUUUAACAAUGUCAAGGAUGGCGAAAUUCUCGUGUCACAAAACGUCGAGCCUAACGAUAAUAAUGCUACAUUAUCUGUUAAACUUGCAACGCUAACUUACACAAAUGCUUUUACGAAAUCGAUAUUUCAAGAUUCCACUUUUAAUUUACAAAUCUUACGAGAAUCAUUUCCAAAUUCAAAAAAACUAGCAUGGUUGGGAUAUUUGACAAUUCCACCAAAAUGUGUCGUGGUAAGAUUAGAGUUAACAUUACCACAAAUUAAAAAUAAUGCGACCUCGCUAAUUAAUUCCAACAGAUUUAACACGAAUUUUGCGAAUAAUUCGGUUCCUUAUUCAAACCCAAUUCAUUUAGAGACUUCAGAUGGUGAUGUUUCAUUUGAUAACAGUUUACUAGCGAACCAAUUAUCAGUUGUAACCCUAAGUGGAAAUAUUAAUGGAAAUUUAAUUCAAUCAAUGCAAAAUGAUUUUAAUCUCGAAACCAAAAGUGGAAAUAUAAAAUUAAAUUUGGACAUUAAAAAAGAUUUAGGUGAUAAUAAUUUAGUGAGUCCUGGACAAUCUAAUGUUAAAGUUACGACUUCAAAAGGAGAUAUUAAUUUAGGUAUAAAUAUUGAAAAAGAUAUUAAAAGUCCCAACGUUGAUAUAAGUUCGGUUCAUUCUGAUAUCUCUGUCGGAUUUAAUAAUUCAUUUAAUGGACAUUAUGAUAUAAAAUCUACUGGACAAAUUAAAAUAGAAAACAAUCAUGAAAUCACGAGUACAGCAAAUGGUGAUGUUGGUGAUUUUAAUAAUAAUGAAUUAAGUGGCGUUGUAAAUAUUCGAUCCAAUAAUGGUAAAAUUGACGCGAAGUUUUAG